GCUCAGAGCAUGGGGACAGCGGCUGCGGGCGGCGGCUGCGGAGCGCGCCGUUGGCUCCCGUGGCUAGGACUCUGUUUCUGGGCGGCGGGGGCCGCGGCUGCCCGAGGAGCCGACAACAGUGAAGUUCUUCCCGAUUCCAUCCCAUCUGCCCCAGGAACACUGCCGCAUUUCAUAGAGGAGCCUGAGGAUGCCUACAUCAUCAAGAGCUACCCUAUUGCGCUCCGAUGCAAAGCAAGGCCAGCCAUGCAGAUAUUCUUCAAGUGCAAUGGCGAGUGGGUCCAUCAGAAUGAGCACGUGUCAGAGGAAAGUCUGGAUGAGAGCUCAGGCUUGAAGGUCCGGGAAGUGUUCAUCAAUGUCACCAGGCAGCAGGUGGAGGACUUCCACGGGCCAGAGGACUAUUGGUGCCAAUGUGUGGCAUGGAGCCACCUGGGAACAUCCAAGAGUAGGAAAGCUUCUGUACGCAUAGCCUAUCUGCGGAAAAACUUUGAACAAGAUCCACAAGGCAGGGAGGUGCCUAUUGAAGGCAUGAUCGUGUUGCACUGCCGCCCGCCAGAGGGAGUCCCUGCAGCAGAGGUGGAAUGGCUGAAAAACGAGGAGCCCAUUGAUUCUGAACAGGAUGAGAACAUUGACACCAGGGCUGACCAUAACCUGAUCAUCAGGCAGGCCCGGCUCUCAGAUUCAGGGAAUUAUACCUGUAUGGCAGCCAACAUCGUGGCCAAGAGGAGGAGCCUGUCAGCAACUGUGGUGGUUUACGUGAAUGGAGGCUGGUCUUCCUGGACAGAGUGGUCAGCCUGCAAUGUUCGCUGUGGGAGAGGAUGGCAGAAACGUUCCCGGACCUGCACCAACCCCGCUCCUCUCAAUGGUGGGGCCUUUUGUGAGGGAAUGUCAGUGCAGAAAAUAACGUGCACUGCUCUUUGUCCUGUGGAUGGCAGCUGGGAAGUGUGGAGCGAAUGGUCAGUCUGCAGCCCAGAGUGUGAGCAUCUCCGCAUCCGUGAGUGCACAGCUCCACCCCCAAGAAAUGGGGGCAAGUUCUGUGAAGGUCUCAGCCAGGAAUCUGAAAACUGCACAGAUGGCCUCUGCAUUCUAGAUAAAAAACCUCUUCAUGAAAUAAAACCCCAAAGAUGGAGUAGGCGAGGCAUUGAAAAUGCCAGCGACAUUGCCUUGUACUCGGGCUUGGGCGCAGCUGUCGUGGCCGUGGCAGUCCUGGUCAUUGGUGUCACCCUCUACAGACGGAGUCACAGUGACUACGGCGUGGAUGUCAUUGACUCUUCUGCAUUGACAGGUGGCUUCCAGACCUUCAACUUCAAAACAGUUCGUCAAGGAAACUCUCUACUCCUGAAUCCGGCUAUGCAGCCAGACCUCACGGUGAGCCGGACAUACAGUGGGCCCAUCUGUCUACAGGAUCCACUGGAUAAGGAGCUCAUGACGGAGUCCUCACUCUUCAACCCUCUCUCUGACAUCAAGGUUAAAGUCCAGAGCUCAUUCAUGGUUUCCCUAGGAGUGUCAGAGAGGGCCGAGUACCAUGGCAAGAAUCAUUCCGGGACUUUUCCCCACGGAAACAACCGCGGCUUUACUACAAUACAUCCCAGAAACAAAACACCAUACAUCCAAAAUCUGUCGUCACUGCCCACAAGGACGGAGCUGAGAACAACUGGUGUCUUUGGCCAUUUAGGGGGGCGCUUAGUGAUGCCAAAUACAGGGGUGAGUCUACUCAUACCUCAUGGCGCCAUCCCAGAGGAAAAUUCUUGGGAGAUUUAUAUGUCAAUCAACCAAGGUGAACCAAGCCUGCAGUCAGAUGGAUCUGAGGUACUCCUGAGUCCUGAAGUCACCUGUGGGCCCCCGGAUAUGCUCGUCACAACUCCCUUCGCGCUGACCAUCCCACACUGUGCAGACGUCAGUUCAGAGCACUGGAACAUCCACUUGAAGAAGAGGACACAGCAGGGGAAGUGGGAGGAAGUGAUGUCAGUGGAGGAUGAAUCGACAUCCUGCUACUGCCUUUUGGAUCCUUUUGCCUGCCAUGUGCUACUUGAUAGCUUUGGAACAUACGCCCUCACAGGAGAGCCAAUCACAGACUGUGCCGUAAAGCAGCUCAAGGUGGCCGUGUUUGGCUGCAUGUCCUGUAACUCCUUGGAUUACAACCUGAGAGUUUACUGUGUGGACAAUACUCCUUGUGCAUUUCAGGAAGUGGUUUCCGAUGAAAGGCACCAAGGCGGCCAGCUCCUGGAAGAACCCAAGCUGCUGCACUUCAAAGGGAAUACCUUCAGUCUGCAGAUCUCCGUCCUUGACAUCCCUCCUUUCCUCUGGAGGAUCAAGCCAUUCACUGCAUGCCAGGAGGUCCCCUUCUCCCGAGUGUGGAGCAGCAACCGGCAGCCCUUGCACUGUGCCUUCUCCCUAGAGCGCUACACACCCACCACCACCCAGCUGUCCUGCAAAAUCUGCAUCCGGCAGCUCAAAGGCCAUGAACAGAUCCUCCAAGUGCAGACAUCCAUUCUAGAGAGUGAACGAGAAACCAUCACUUUCUUCGCACAAGAGGACAGUACCUUCCCUGCACAGACUGGCCCGAAAGCCUUCAAAAUUCCCUAUUCCAUCCGACAGAGGAUCUGUGCUACGUUUGAUACCCCCAAUGCCAAAGGCAAGGACUGGCAGAUGUUAGCACAGAAAAACAGCAUCAAUAGGAAUUUGUCGUAUUUUGCUACACAAAGUAGCCCCUCUGCUGUCAUUUUGAACCUCUGGGAAGCUCGUCACCAGCAGGAUGGGGAUCUUGACUCACUCGCCUGUGCCCUAGAAGAGAUUGGGAGGACACACACGAAACUGUCAAACAUCACAGAGUCCCAGCUCGAGGAAGCUGACUUCAACUACAGCAGGCAAAAUGGACUCUAAUCUGUUUCUUCUCUUGAGGCAGCACUAGUGAUGGCCAGCUUCAGGGCAAGAGGCUUCAACUGGGGAAGAAGAGGCAGAUUUCUACCCAGUGGCGUCUGGGGCAUUAAUGCAGCCUUUAUUGAGAGUCAGUGAAAAAAAUCCCUGGUUGACGAAAAUGAAUUUGAUAAUAGGUAAAACGUGUUAAUAACGGGGGGACAUAAAAGAAGAGAAUACUCCUCUGGGUCUACACACGGGUAAACAUUGGAUAUCCUCCUCAGAUUUGGACUGCUGAGGGGAGAGGUGAAGGUAACUGUAGAUCAGAGUAGUUAUGAAAAGUAGAAACAGUACAAUAAAGCUGGAAGGCAGAGAGUAAGUGCAUGCUUGGAAACAGGUUUGGAAUGACUUGCCCCCCAGGACCACCUGAUUCUGAAACCUGAUUUUUAGUUUCAAACCAACUAGCACCUAGGAUGUUGGAAAUCAUGGGGAGACUAGUUUUAAGAAGCAAAUCCAGUUGGUCAACCUAUUAGUAUGAUGUCACCAGUGUUGGGGGAGAGCAUUUAGAAUUUAGAAUCUGAGUACAUCACACCAGCACUUAUUAUAUGAGUCACUUGAUUGAGACAAGAUCAAAAAGCGAGAUAGACCUCAAACUAGUUCUUGGUACCUCACCUUCAUCCCCCCGCCCCGAAACAAAACUCAUUUCUUUUCCCAUCCUAACAGAUUGCAGUACAGAGAUAGUAAAGAACAUGAUUAUGCACUUCAACUCAACAGAGCAGGACUACCCAGACUACCCAAAUCUCAGUGUGCUGUUAGAACACAGUUCACUCCGUGGAAUGGAGACAGAGACGCUAGCCCAGGUCCAGGAAAAUAAAUAGACUGCAGAUGUCGCAGGCUUUAAGUAAGCUCUGAUUCUAGGAGAUGGGUAGAGCCCGUCUACUCCCAUUCUAGGAGAUUGGACAAUCCAUUUUGUCCAAUAUUUUUUUCCUAUAAGAAAUGUGUUUUACUGUGCUUUUCCAUCCAGAUUCUGGAACUCUUCUAACCUUUUAUACUAGGCCACCACAGUAUGUCUCGAUGGAACUUUAAGACAUGACAUCCUGCUGUGACCUUUUGGAAACUUACCUGAUAGCCUUUCUGUGUAGAGGAUCUGAGUAAAUGCACCCAAGGAACAGAAUACUCUAUGACACUGUCCUAAGAACCACAUGCACCAUUCAGAGAGGCUUUGUGCUCUGACUGCCUGGCCUUCCUGUGUAUGCAUUCUCCUUAACACUGGUCACUCAUGGCUCUCAUCUUACGACUUUUAUUAAUAUAAAGCCGUGACAUUGUAGGGAAUGGGAAUCUGUGGGUUACAUGUGAGCUGCAUCAUAUGCUUUGCUACACAUUUAUACCUGAUUACAUCAUUUUGACCCAUACCCUAACUGACUAGCAGUGAACAGAUAUGUUCAUCUUGUGGCGAAUCCUUUCAGUAACUGUCCACAGUGAGGACAUCACAACUCAGACACCUACAUUAAAUCCCAGGCAGCUACAUAGCUACUUUGAGGCUGGCUACAUUUGAAAAGCGAUGUUCAGAAAUAGAAGAAAUGAGACUCCUUGGUAAUGAGGAUAUUAUUAUGCUUUUGGUUUUUAGAGGCCAUUUGUUUGAAAACAAAUGUUUGCAAUCUCUUUCCAAGUGCAAAAGACCUAAAGACAGGUUGAAGUUAUAAUCCCAUGGUCAAAGCAUUGAAGAACUCUUCAAUGAGUUAGCCAUUUUAUCUAACUAAUAUGUGAUAUAUCUGGCCACCUAUAUUACAUAGAAGACUUUGUCAUAUGCAAAUAAUAAAAGACCCAUGAUGCUUUGCUCAGGAACCAAAGGUUUAUUUUAGUGAACAAACUAAUCAUCUUAGAACUGUCAAAUCUACCCAGAAGCCCAUAUCUGGACCAGGAGAACACCUUUCCCCUAGUAUUCUCAACUUAUUUAUUCAUCCUUAUGAAGAAGAAAGAGAAAGAGCAUAAAAAUAUAAAACUGCUUGGCAUCACUCUAAGUUUUUUGAUGAUGACCCACAAACCGGAUAAGUGAUAAGUGGCAGGACCGGAUGCAGAUUGGGAUCUGCAUCCCCUGUUAGGUGAUAAACUCUUUGCAACACAUUCUAGAGAGAUCUUACACUAAUGUCCACUUGGAAGAUUUUUGCUUUAAAUUUCCUACCCUGUCAUCUUCUCUUCUUUCUCUCCCAAUUGGCCUUAUAAUUGUUUAUCUGUUGUGUGAGCCUACACAUGCUCUUUGUAGAUUUUUAAAACUUUUUAUAGUAGUGUAAACAGAGAAAACUUGUGAGCAACCUUCCUGGCAUCUGUGUAGGUUAUUUUAAGGUGAGGUAACACGAACAACAGGAACGCUGAUCCUCAAGUGUCUGCAGUUCCCCCAUUGACUUCAGGUUUUGUAUUUUUUUUCUGACCUGUGUUUAUAAGUGCCCUUGAGCAUAGUAUUCCGUGCAGUGACAAGGGGGAUGUUAACACGAGGCAUCUCAUAUCCCAGUCCAUGGUUUUGUGCAAUUCACCUUGACUUUUUGUGUUUCCUUCUUCACUCUUAUUUCUGCUAGGAUGCUACACAGGAUUUUGAAAUAAAUGUUAACUUCUUCAGCCAUUGCAUGUCAGGGUUUGUGUAAUAUUUUACAAUGAAAUUGCAAAGAGAACCCUGGUCGGUUUACAGACCGAGGGAUUUUUGUGUGUUGGGGGAGGGUCUGCAGGUCACACAGUCCUUAGCUCACACUUGAAAGUGUAGUGUUUCACUGUGACCACAAGCUUUUCCAUUAUCGUCACCUGCCGCGACACAAAUGGCCCUCUCGGAAGAAGCUUACUCAUCACUCCAGGCACUGAAUUUCAAAGUGUCACCGUCCUAGUACAAGAUGAAGCAAAAACUAAAAGUGGCCUUAAAUACUUGGUAGGUUAUGUAAAAUUUGUGCAAAGCUAUUCUACUUAAUGCCAAAUUUCUCAGUGCUCGGAAACUUUAAGUCUAAUAGUUAUACUUCAAACUUGAGUUAAAAUUAGGCCACCAAAAUGGUGUGAUCCACAGUUUUGCCAGACUACAGCAUCGUAAAGUUAAUUUAUGGUCUUUACAACAUCACAUAUAUAGUCUUAGCAUUUUACAUUAACAUCCUUUAAGCUGAACGGAAGCUUGUUCCAUGGAUUUAAAUGCAAACUUCACUUACCAGUGCAGCAGACUCUUAAAACUCAAAUGGACUCCCACAAAAAUGUUAUUGGCCUUUUUGUAGGAGAUGUAAAGGAAUUGAUACAGCUCUCUUUAAGGAGAGGAACUUUUCUCUUAUUUUUUCUUACUUUUAUCUCAAACUGUUGUGGUCCUGGUAGUUUUUCUUUCAUUUAGUUGGGAGAAGGACUAUUAAGUAAAAUCACACAGGGUUCUCUUUGGAGUAAAAUAUCUGGAUUUAUUGCUGUAGUUUUUCCUCAAGGAAACCUCCAAAUAUUAAAUAUGAGAAGCAAAGGUAGAAAAUUAACAUGGCGUGAAUGGUUUUAUACACUUUCAUCAAAUUUACCUGUGAACUUCAGAGUGUUAACAAAAUCUUUGGGAUAUGCUUCUGUUUAUUAUUAUUAUUAUUUGCUUUUUUGCUUCCUUGUUUUGUUUUCUUUUCAGACGUUUUGAAUUUCUUGGUCUAGCCUCUGUAAGUGUAUUGAAUGACAGAGCUAUCAGACAUGCUAAAGGCAACACUCUCUGAGGUCUUCAUUCCAGCAGAAUUGAGGAAGGAGCUGAGAAACGUGCCUCUCUGGCCCACUGCGCGGCCCAUGUUCAUUCUGUCUCUCAUGAAGCAUUGCAAAGUCUGAACCCUUAGUAACUCCCAUUGCCUGGACUCCAGGUGACAGCCACAGCACCUGGGAGAGCAAACGUGUGGGUUUGCCAAUGGUAACAACAUUUUAUUAGCCCUUUGGUGUCCGUUGUCAUAGCACCGUAUUUGAACACUGAUGCUUUUUGCCAACAGUUGGAUGGCCAUCGUUUCCGUAGUUGCCACUGUUCUGUCCGCAUAGUUUUCCUGAACUACAAGCAGAAACGUAUUUUGUCAAACGUCACAAAAGUGAAACUGUUACUAAUCUUAGACGUGUUGCAUAUUUUUGUGUUUUUGUUUUCUUUUCCAAACUCUUUCAAAAGCUGAGGUGACAAAGCUGUUUGGCUGUAUUGACAGCAUGUGGUGUCUUUUGCAGAAGCAUCUCUAGGAGAGCCAGUGUCUACCAUGGACUCUUCACAUCCCCACUUCAGGGUCACCAACAAAGCUGCAACAGCGAUUGUAGACUGUCAUUAUUUCCUGCCGAUGAAAGGGGAUGGCGCCAGGCCUGGCUAUUAGUCACUAGUGUGUAGUACUGUGAUCUGCAGUAGGAAGUUUAUCUCGCAUAGAAUAAUUGUGGUUUUUGAAGCAGCUACUCAUUGCUUUUUCCUUUUGCUGUGAAGAUCAUGGAUUUGGAGUGUCCUCAUGAAGUGGGCCCAAGACAGUAACAUUUCAACUUCAUGUCUUUGAACCUACCAUGUAUCUGAAUCCAAAGAUUAAAAAAAAAAAAAAAGGCAGUAUGCAUCUGACCUAGGCCUAAGCUUAAAAUUCUCCCUGCCCUGACCAGUAUUAAGUUCAACAGGAAUUGUAUCAUUUUUCCACAAAGUUAUGCCUUAGUUUCCGUUAUAUAUAAGUGAAUUUGGUAAUGUCUUUCUUUACCUAACUGGGAAUAUGUGUCAAAUACUUUCACAGAAGGCAUGGAUAUAAUGAAUAUGCCCUUUGUCUCAAAUUUGGCUAACUCUUUAAAAAAUCCACAUAAUUCAAGUACAAUUCACACCCAAAUUCCAGUAUUGAAAAAGUUCUUCAAUAACCUUAAAAUCUAAUGGCUGGUGAUCUAAUCGGGGUUUUCAUGAAAGCAUGACAUUUAAGGAGACUACGUAAGCCGAACGUCAUGCCACGAGACCCCUUUCCUGAAACACAGGCAUUCUGCUCCAAUGUGGAAGCAGCAAUUCCAAUCUUCUUCCACUAGCAAGCAUGGAGAAUGGUAAGAGGGAGACUCAUCAGGAUGAAUCCCUCAGGACCUCCUGGGAGAAAAACUGAGCAUGGAAACCCCCAUGAGGUCUCUCAUAGAUGCUGCCUGCUCCCAGAGAAAACUUCUCAAUAAAGGGGAAAAUACCCAAGCGUCAGCAUUCCCCUGUCAGGAAAACAGCUGUCUCCUCUAUCCUGGAUGAGCAAAAUUUCCAUUGUUCAUAAUUAGGUCUGCUUGAUACAUACACUCCAAUAAAUCCUGACCUAGAAGUAUUGGAAACACAGGCAGCUAGAGGAAUGCUGGCUCAUUUUCCAGCCUAGCCCAAACUUGGAAACGUGAGCGAUAUUUCUCCCUCCUGUAUGGAAGAAUUUAGGCAUAUUUCAUUUUGUUCUUUUUAUUUUGGGAAGGUACAUGGGGGUGUUCUUUCAAAUGAUUCAUUUUUUAAAAAAAAACUCAUACCACCCUCAACAAUUAUUUGGUAUGUUCAAAGCCAAAAUUUAUGAAAUAAUAUUUGAAACGGAACACUAACUCGGACAUGAAGCUGAAGGGGAGAGUAAGCCAGAGGAGAGGGUCUAAGGAAAGCAUGGCCUUGGCUUCAUACCACACUUUUUGUGCCUUGUAUUAUCAGUGUAAAUUCUGAAUGUUGUACAGUCGAUACUUGGAUGGACUCCUUAGAGAAGGGUGCACCGGCUUCUUUUUCAGCAAUGUACAUAUCUAUAAAUAUAUAUACAUAUAUAUUUGGUAAUGCCAAACAGCUAUGUUAUAUUGUACUGAACAAAAUGGCCCGUUUGGAUGUUUUAUGUAGA